GUGAUGGGGUUUGGGGUUCACCAGACACAGUCUCCUGGCCUCCCAUCAACAUAAACAAUCUCAAAAGUUGACCACAUGCUUCAGGCUGAACAAGAAUGAACACCAAGCGCCAACGACAGGCUUGCGAUCUUUGUUACCGCCGAAAGAUCAAGUGCGAUAGCGCUGCUCCGCGAUGUUCUCAAUGCAGGGUUUACGAUUCCGAAUGCACCUACGUGGCACCUCGCCGGAAAAGGGCAAAACGACCACUUAUCGCGGACAAUACCCAGUCUUUGUCUCUGUCCCGAGCUGCCCCAGGCGCUGGCAUUAGCGAUUCUGAUGUUGGGCUGGGUCAGAUGUCAAAAAGCGGUAGGGUGUCCGACAGGAUUACGUUGGACGACCAGAGCCGUCAGCUGGAGCUGCCACCCAGUCGCAUCGUUUACCCACUGGUCGAUACUUUCCUUGACACAGUCAACAGCGUGCUCCCCUUGUACGACGAUGCCGUUUUGCUGGAAACAGUUAAAUUGUGGUACAGCAUGCCUUCCCACAGGACGCGUACAACGUGGGCAUCGAUCAACGUGGUGAUGGCUCUCGCGCAUUGUUGCGACCAGGGCCUAUCAGAACACUCGGAAGUCUUUGUUGCAGAGUCUGUUGGCAAGGCACAAUCUGUCUUGACCGACUUGAUUAUGGGCGAUCUCAGGUUGGACAGUCUGCAGGUGAUCCUUGGGCUCGUGUUGUCGUUUCAGCGCAUGCCCAACAUGAGACCGGCCGCGGUCCUCAUAUCGACCGCCUUCAGGCUUAUCCAUGAGAUGGGAAUACACCGGAGGGAAGGUUACGAGGGGCUUUCAAGCGCCGAAGCACUGCAGCGGCGGCGAGUCUUCUGGGUUGCCUACAUUCUCGACCGAGAUAUCAGCAUGCGAACACGACAGCCCCCAGUUCACCAGGAUGCGAACAUCGAUCUGGACAUACUGCCGGUUCGGUCGAGUACGGACAGAGCCGGAUUCAUUGACGCCGGUGACGGCUGCACCCACUUCAACUUCUUUCAAUCUCGAGCGCAGCUCGCCCAGAUUCAAGGACUGGUACACGAAUGUAUUUUCUCAGUGCAGGGCCACUCGAGGCCUGCGCACGAGGCUUCGCUUGAAAUCGCGCGCCUUCGGAGCCUGCUGGCACAGUGGCGAGCGCAGAUACCUGCUACUCUCAGCGCUGAAGCUCUAACACAAACCCGCGACACCGUCCUCCCAAAGGCUUUUUGCAUGCUCUACGCUACAAGUCUAUCGCUGCUUGGGCAGUUGACCCGCGUUAAUGCAAUCGAGUUCGACUGGGUCAACAGACUGCUGCGUCACGCGCGAAACGUGCAUGCGGGACUACCCAGCGUACCCCCAGCUUCGCUAGAGGGCUGGGAUGCACUCGUGGAAGAGAGUCGCUCGUUUGUCAUGCUGUUCCUCAGCAUACCGCAAAAGGACAUUGCAUUUGGGCGACUGUACUGCUGUUCACUGAUCUCUGGGCUCAUGUUUCUAACAGCAAAUUGUAUCGGAAAGUCUGACCAUGCAUUCUACGAGAGCGACCAGCAGCUCAGGCUGCAGGCGAAGGAUUUCAUUGACGAACUCUCUCAGCUUUCACGCCACGAUGGGAUAAUCGCAGCUCAGAAAGCCUACACAGAGCUGGAUUGGCACGUUAAACGUCUGACGCAUGGAGCUGGCGACGAUUCAGUCCCCUGGGCACGGGACCCAAUGAUGUAGAGCCCAAAGCUGUGAAAAAUCUUUUACCAUCGUUUGUCGGUACUGGGAGAGUUUUUUCUGUUGAUUACCUGCUUGUGUCGCGCAAGGCAAUGGCGUUAUAUCGGCAUAACUGCCUCGGUGGCGCUGCAUUUCUCGCUGGUUUUUGCGACGCUGUUCAGGGCAUCGGGCUUGGUGGGAUGUUUGGGCAUAGUCAGAUGGGCUGCCAUGGAGUUUUUUGUUGUCUCACUGGUGUGUUU